UUCAAUUCUAUCUCAUCUGUUCAUUCCGUGUUUAUGUUAAUAAUAAUGGCAUUUACAAUCAUUUACCUGGUAACCACAAUGGGUAAACAUACUCUUAAGUAGUAAUUAAAGAAGUGUUUUGUAAAACUAUACACAACUGUGAACAAUACUAGAUACAUUGAACAUGGAAUAACAAACUGAAUAUGUCGGACACACUGACAGACGAUCAAAUACGUGAGUAUAGGGAGGCAUUCAGCCUGUUUGACAAGGACGGAGAUGGUAUGAUCACCACACAAGAGCUCGGUACAGUAUUGAAGUCCCUGUGCCAGAAGCCCACAGACAACGAGCUCAAAGAUAUGAUCAACGAGGUGGACUUAGAUGGCAAUGGAACGAUUGACUUCGAUGAGUUUCUAGCGAUGAUGACCAAUAAGAUGAUAGAGGGUGACAACGAGGAUGAGCUACGGGGGACCUUUAGGGUAUUCGACAAGGACGGCAAUGGCUACAUAUCAGCGGCAGAGCUAGGUAAAGUGAUGGCAAAUCUCGGAGAGAAGCUCACGGACGAGGAGGUAGACGAGAUGGUUAAAGAGGCGGACAUGGACGGUGAUGGACAGGUCAACUAUGAAGAGUUCGUGUUUAUGAUGCCGUCAAAUAAAUGACCAGGAACAGUUUAAUAGCAAAAAUACCAUUUUAAGGAUGCUUUCGGGGUAUCAGUGAUUUAAUUCGUUUGUUUGAUGUUAGAGACUGUUUUAAUGUCAUUUGUACAAAAAACAUCUCAUCUCUGUGUAAAUGCAAAUGCCAAAUGUUGGCAGUGUAUUAUGUUGCAGCAUUGUAGUUCUUAUUAUAUCAUAUUCAGGGGCGUAGCUUGACGAAAAUAUAUGUGUAGGCCACUUUCUAGGGGGGUACGAGGGCAUGCAGCCCCGGGAUUUCGUUUUAGCUAGGUGGUCGUGGGUGCGUUUUGACGUAUAGUUCGUUUUUAUAAAAACAUUAAUGACAGCAACAAUAUCAAUAUGUUUUACCUUAAAUUAAAUUUGUAUGUAUUUUAGCUGAACAAGACAGUUCAUAGAAAUAAAACAUUGAAAAAUUGAUUAAUUACAUUCCACUCAAUAUCAAAGCAUGUUGAUGUCAAAACCAAAGCUAAACAUAUGUGUACUUGCACAAACAAUGCCAUGUACAUUAUGUCGCUUUCUACAGCACACUUGAUUUUCAGGGAUCAUUAUAAAAUCUCGAUUCCGGCAAUUUUGCGACGCAAACACAUUGAUGACGCGGUCAACAUCUAUGAUCAUGCUCUUGUGGCUGUGAAUUUGGGCCAAGGAUGACAACCUGUCGCUUUUCAUUGACGUUCGCAGGAAGUUUUUUAUUCGUUUCAUUCCACUAAACAACUUUUCACAAGAGGCUGAUGUAGUUGGCAUGGUAAGAAGAACCUCGAAUAUUGAAGAUAUGCUAGGAUACAGGUCCUUGUCGAUCUGCUUGAGGGUCUCUUGUAGUCUGGAUGGACUUACGGCUGCGAUGCUAGAUCUGACCUUCCUUCGUGCAAUUUCUGUUUUAAUUGUGUCAGAUGUGAAAAUCAGGGGCAAAAGCAGCAUCAGUUGAUGGCAACAUGUCGUUCUGCAGAAUGUCCAGUUUUGAAGGCAACAAAUGUUGUGCACUGUAUCUGUCUUCAUUUCUCAGGAAACGGCUGUCUAGUACUAAAUGAUCAAUGAAGACAUUGUACAAGGUUAUUCUGAAGUAGUCAGAUCCUGUUUGCACCUUAGAAUUUGCUCUGUUUUGUUGUCGACCAACUAUUCGUGGCAUUGAUGGUUGAAUGUCGAAGCCUGAGCUUAUAUCCGUUGCGUCAUAUACAGUCCAUUCCACACAUCAGGAUCAGCACUCCCGUCAUUGCACAAUUUGACAAUGACGUGUGUUUCUUCAAUAGCAUGUAAUAGAUCAUUGUCUUCCUUCUGAAGUAGAUUUGUCAGCUUCAUCCAAUAUGUGUUGCGCCACUACAAGUGAGAUUAUGAAUUCAAAACGCAGUACAGCGGCCAAAUACUGGUCGGCCUUCUCGUGUCCGUCUUCAUUAAGAGUUUCAAGUGCGCGGAUCACUACGGGGAACGCAUUUUGGAACGUUUCUAGUGCGUCCGCACGACUGGUUCACCGUGUCCCACAUAACGAACGAAGCUUAGUGCGCCGGUUCAUUUCCUCUUUUGUUGCGACGUCACUAGAAAGCUGGUCAUGGAACGCUGCUAGACGUUUUGCUGAAUGAUUGAACACGAAUCCAAUGUCCUGAACUGUUGCCAUCAUAGUUCGGAUACAGGGAUUGUUCGAACUAUGGACCAACGCUAGACUCAAGCAGUGCGACUUGCAAUGGACAUAAUUUUCGCGCGGCGAACGUUCACGCACGAGAGCCUUGAGCCAACGAUAUUUUCCAGACAUGUUGGCGGCACUGUCGUAACACUGAACUCUGAUCUUCAAUAUAUAAAGCUUGACUUCCUGCAAAAAUCUAUUAUAUUUGCGCAUAGUGCAACCCCUUUGAUAGAAGUGCACUCAAUGAUCGCCAGGAACAUGAAAUCUUACAUAGUUUUAAAGAUGCACUCUUACACUUACUGUUAUUAAAUAUAGGGUUACAAACUUGUUAUCAGUAAUAAAUAUUUUCCAUAAAUGCAUUAUUUAGUAUGUAGUUAAAGGUUUAUCAGUCAAAAUUGAUGUUUGUUAUACAUGUGAAUGUAUUAUUUUGAAUAUAAACAUAUCUAACCGGGAUGGAAAUUGAGUACGGAGGCAUUACUGCAAAGUUUGUUUUAGCAGUUGUUGUUUGGUUUCUAUUGAAGUAAAUGUAAGACAUCCGAAAUCAGGAUAAAUAGGACUAUGUUCGGCCAUAUUAGCAGCAGACUGUUUACCAUUUUAAAUAAUAAAGCGCCCGCAAACUUUUACCAAGCCGAUUGGAAAUGUUUUAUGUAAUGUACGGCAUCAAACCGCAGACAACUGGUAUGCAAAUUUCGAUAAAUUAUAUACGGAACAUUAAUGUCGUGUGAAUAUGCAAUUAUUAAAGGGAAACGAUAGAUUUGAAAUACCCUGUUUCCGAUAUAUUAAUUUGUCGUAAUUUCAUAUUUUAGCACCUAACCCCCUAUGCCUUCAGUUUUAAUUGCAGAUUAGGCAUUUUUAUUUUUUUCGAUUUUUCUGAAAAUUGUGUAGGCCGCGGCCUACACGGCCUAUAGGAAGCUACGCCCCUGAUAUUAUGUG